GAGAGAGAGAGAGACAGCGAGAGGAUACAGAGAAAAGGAAGAGGAGAGGGUGAGGAAGACCAAGGAAAUAAGAAGAAAGGGGAAAGACUGUGAAGAAUCUUUCAGUUCAAUUUGACAGGAGAUUUCAUACAGACGACCCCAAACAAAUGGAGGAUUCUGAGAAUAUUACAGAGGCCAGUGAGGAAAUGAAUGACCAGGAUGCCAAACAUCUGGACCAAAAAGAGCCCAAAUGCGUAGUAGAUUCUGAGCCAGGAGGUGUGACUGAUACUACAGAGAGUGGAGUUGAUAAAGAGAACAAAGAAGAGAAGCAGAACACAAAAGAUCUAACCAAUGACAGUGAGGCAUGUGAAAUAGAGGGCGGAGCCACUGACAAUGUCAACAUAGUGAGAAUGGAAGAAACAGAUUUGGAGAAAAAAGAGGAGCAGAUCAAUACAAAUACAGACCAAGAGCAAGAAAACGAGACUGGGGUGAUUGAAAAUAAAGACAAUGAGGUAGUAAAAGAAGGAAAGGAAUGUAACGACGAAUCUCUCAGGAAAGAGGAUGAUUCAGAUGAAACUGAUGAAAAAAAACUUGAGGAGAAACACAAAGAAGAGGAGGAGACAGCUAAUGAGUCUACAAACACAGAGGCUGAAAAAGACACAGAUGAGAUAAAAGAGAAUACAGACAACACCAAAGACAAACUGCAAGAAGAAAAUCCUGCCAGAAAGAACAGAACAGUUCCAUCAUCUAGUCUUAGAGCUUCUACAAAAUCAACUGUCUGUCCACGAGGCGCCCGUCCCUCAACUAGAAGAGACGCCAUGGCCAAGUUUCAGAAGGACCAGACCCCAGGACCCAGAAACUUUAAAGUUCAACGGACAUCUAUAGGUGUGGCCGGUGGAGCCUCAAUUAAACAGAAAAUUCUACAGUGGUGCAGGAACAAAACACAGUGCUAUGAGGGUGUCAGCAUAGAAAACUUCUCUUCCUCUUGGAAUGAUGGCCUGGCUUUCUGUGCACUCGUUCAUCGCUUCUUUCCCUCUGCUUUUGACUUCUCGUCCCUCAAACCCAGUGAACGGGAGAAGAACUUCACUUUGGCCUUCAGCACUGCAGAAUCUCUUGCUGACUGCUGCCCCCUUCUGGAAGUGUCGGAUAUGUUACUAAUGGGCAAGAAUCCAGACCCUCUGUGUGUUUUCACCUAUGUACAGUCCCUUUGUCAUCACCUCUCUAAGAUAGAGAAAGAGAGGAAGGAGAAAGAGAAAAUGGAGGCGGACAAGAACAAAGAAGUACAUCAGGAGGCGACUGAAGAUAACGAGAAAGGAGAGGGAGAGACGGAUGAGAGUGGGCAAAAUGACAAGACAGAGGAAAAUGGAUCAGAUUCUAGCAUGAAGGCAGCACAAGAGACAGAUCAGAAUGAAAAUGUAAUAAAUGCAGAUGUCACGGGUGAGGUUUAAGUGAAAGACAGAAAUUUAAUGAAACAUAAAUAUAGGAAGAAAAGGCAUCUGACUCAUAUUAAAACUGUAGAUGUGUCAAAUAAUGUAAUGUAAUUUAAAAUCUGCUUCAGUGAAUGUAUGAAUUUCGAUUUUAUAUGAAGUUUAGAUGAUCAAUAUGUUAUUACUUUUUGAAUUGCUUGGGUCUGGUAGUGUAGUAGAUUUUCAUUUAC